CGUCACUGAAGCGCCCUGGCUCGCGGAGCUGCUGGUAGUGCUGGCAAGAGAGCGAGAAAAGAAACAACUACUGCAAAAGCGGAUUUCCUCACAUUUAAAGGAUUUGGAACUGAUAACGGUCCGUCUGCAGGACGAGAAACGGCACUAAAAUACCCCGAGAAUUUGGAAAAACAGGACAUCGCUGAAGGUCAGGGUGUUGCUGGAUCAAGGCACAGUCAAGGGAUUGAGCCGAUAACAUUGAAUCCCCCCCCCCCUCCCGCGGCAGUGUCGAGCCUCGUCAUCUUGUCGCACACGCUUCGAACAUGAUAGAUUUGUUUCUGUUGUUUAGUUAAAAGAAUAACAAGUGAAGAACGUGCUGAUUCUUCAGCAGUGCCAGCCGCUGUUAUAGUUUCCCCCGGUUCGUCACAGCGGCUCGCCCUCAGUCAAAGCCAAAAUGUACGGUAGCGCCCGUUCGGUGGGCAAAGUAGAGGGCAAUCACAGUGGAGGUGGCAUCCAGAGCCCCGGACGUUCACCGCACCUUCCCCGCUCACCCCGGCUGGGCCAUCGACGCACUAACAGCACAGGGGGUAGCGGGGGACCCGGGGGCCCCGGGGGCAAAACCCUCUCCAUGGAGAACAUCCAGUCUCUCAACGCUGCUUAUGCAACAUCAGGGCCAAUGUACCUGAGCGACAACGAGGUGGGGGCAUCCGGCCCGGACCUGCCCAAGAGCACCAUGACGCUGGGCCGCUCAGCGGGCCGCCUACCGUACGGCGUCCGGGCCACUGUCAUGGGCAGCAGCCCCAACAUCGCCAGCGGCGUGGCGAGCCCCGUGCCCAGCGACGCCAUCGCGUUCGGGGACCACCACGUGCCGUCCAGCAUGGCGUCCACGGUGCCGCAUUCGCUGCGGCAGGCGCGCGACAACACCAUCAUGGACCUGCAGGCCCAGCUGAAGGAGGUGCUACGGGAGAACGAGCACCUCCGCAAGGAGGUGGACGUGAAGGAGAGCAAGCUGAGCUCCUCCAUGAACUCCAUCAAGACCUUCUGGAGCCCCGAGCUGAAGAAGGAGCGCGCCCUGCGCAAGGACGAGGUCUCCAAGAUGGCUGUGUGGAAGGAGCAGUAUCGGGUGAUGCAGGAGGACAUGCAGCACCUCCAGAUGACCAUCCAGGCCCUUCAGGACGAGCUGCGCAUCCAGCGUGACCUGAACCAGCUGUUCCAGCAGGACAGCGGCGUGCAGGCAGGCGAGGCGCUCUCCACCGAGCUCACCGAGGAGAACUUCCAGAGGCUGCACGCCGACCACGAAAGGCAGGCCAAGGAGCUCUUCCUCCUGAGGAAAACCCUGGAGGAGAUGGAGCUACGCAUUGAAACCCAAAAGCAGACGCUUGGCGCUCGGGACGAGUCCAUCAAGAAACUCCUGGAGAUGCUGCAGAGUAAAGGUCUGUCGGCCAAAGCCAGCGAGGAAGACCACGAACGCACGCGCCGCCUAGCCGAGGCGGAGAUGCACAUCCAUCACCUGGAGAGUCUUCUGGAUCAGAGGGACAAGGAGACCACCGGACUCAGAGAGGAGCUCCAUCGACGCUAUGAGGGGGCGCCGGAGUCUGCCAAAACCAAAGCCCUGCAGACAGUCAUUGAGAUGAAGGACUUUAAGAUCAGCUCUCUAGAACGCAGCUUAAGGGAUCUGGAGGAGGAGGUUCAGAUGCUGAAGUCAAACGGAGCUCUGAGCACAGAAGAGAGGGAGGAGGAGAUGAAGCAGAUGGAGGUCUACCGCAGCCACUCCAAGUUCAUGAAGAAUAAGGUAGAGCAUCUGAAGGAGGACCUGUCUCACAGUGAGGCCCAGGGCGCGGAGCUGAAAAAGAGGGCGGCCGAGUUGCAGCGGGAGAUUGACCAGGUGAAGCAGGACCUGUCCAGGAAGGACUCGGAGCUCCUGGGCUUGCAGACCAAACUUGAAACCCUCACCAAUCAGUUCUCAGACAGCAAGCAGCACGUCGAGGUCCUCAAAGAGUCCUUGACUGCCAAAGAGCAACGGGCAGCCAUCCUGCAGACAGAGGUGGAUGCCCUGCGCUUGCGUCUGGAGGAGAAGGAGGCCAUGCUAAAUAAGAAAGCGAAACAGAUCCAGGAGAUCUCGGAAGAGAAAGGAACCCUGAACGGCGAAAUCCACGACCUCAAGGACAUGCUGGAUGUCAAGGAGCGAAAGGUCACUGUGCUUCAGAAAAAGAUUGAGAACCUGCAGGAGCAGUUGAAAGAUAAGGAGAAACAGCUGAGCAGUUUGAAGGAGCGGGUCAAAUCCCUGCAGGCUGACACCUCCAACACGGACACAGCUCUCACUACCCUGGAGGAGGCUCUGGCUGAGAAGGAACGCAUUAUCGAACGCCUGAAGGAGCAGCGGGCCCGGGAUGAGCGGGAACAGAGCGAAGAACUGGACAGUAACAGGAAGCAGCUGAAGGAGCUGAAAGAGAAAAUCACCUCACUGCAGGGGGAUCUGUCUGACCGUGAGGCGUCUCUGUUGGAUCUGAAGGAGCAUGCCUCAUCACUCGCCUCGUCUGGUUUGAAGAAGGACUCCAAGCUCAAGAGUCUCGAAAUUACUCUUGAGCAGAAGAAAGAAGAGUACAUGAAACUGGAGAACCAGCUCAAGAAGCACACUGACCACAUGUCAGACCGUCACUUCAGUCCUGCUCAGUCAGCGGCUGUGGAAGCUCGGGCCAGCACAGAGCUUGCUGAGCGCAUCAGCGCGCUGGAGCAGGACGUGUCACGCCACAAAGAGGAUGCUGGGAAGGCCCAGGCUGAAGUAGACCGCUUGCUGGAGAUCCUCCGGGAAAUGGAGAAUGAGAAAAAUGACAAAGACCGCAAGAUCAGCGAGCUGGAGCGUUUGGCGUCAAGGCACAUGAAGGACCAGAGCAAAAAGGUGGCGACCCUGAAGCACAAGGAGCAGGUGGAGAAGAACAAGAACGCCCAGCUAAUGGAGGAGGCCCGUAAGCGUGAGGACAACAUCAACGAAAGCUCUCUGCAGAUCAAGGACUCUCUGAGGCAGAAGGACGAUCGUAUCGAGGAGCUGGAGGAGGCCCUGCGUGAAAGCGUGCAGAUCACCGCAGAGAGAGAGAUGGUACUGGCUCAAGAGGAGGCAGCACGCACGCACGCCGAGAAGCAGAUGGAGGAGCUUCUGACAGCCAUGGAGAAGGUGAAGCAGGAGCUGGAGUCCAUGCAGACCAAACUUGCGUCCACGCAGCAGUCGCUGGCUGAGAAGGAGGCCCACCUGACCACACUGAGAGCCGAGCGCAGGAAGCACCUGGAGGAGGUUCUGGAGAUGAAGCAGGAGGCACUACUGGCAGCCAUCAGUGAAAAAGACGCCAACAUCGCACUCCUGGAACUGUCCUCGUCCAAAAAGAAGAAGACUCAAGAUGAAGUGGCUCUCCUGAAGAGGGAGAAGGACAGACUGGUACAGCAACUCAAACAACAGACGCAGAAUCGGAUGAAGCUGAUGUCUGAUAACUACGAUGACGACCAUCUCAAGGACUCCUCCCAUCCUGUCCAGUCUAACCACAAACCCUCUCCAGACCAGAUUAUCGCCCCUCUCAUAGACCUCAAUCAGAACCGCAGCAAGCUGAGGCUCUACAUCGGCCAUCUCACGGCCCUUUGUCAAGAAAGAGACCCGCACAUCCUGCAGGACCUGGCUCCGCCCUCUGCCUACCACCGCAGCCAACAAGACACCUGGGAGGCGGAGCUGCAGAAAAUGAGCCCUGAGCAGCUGGAGUCCGAGUUGGAGCAGUGUGAGCGGGAGAGCGCAGAGCUGCAGGACUACGCCAACUCCGUCCUGCAGCAGAUUGCCGACCACUGCCCUGACAUCCUGGAGCAGGUGGUCAACGCUCUGGAGGAGUCGUGCUGACCGCCGCCCGGCCGAGAGCUGCUCUCCUGGGAGGACCUCCUCGCCAACCCUUCCUGACUCCGCCCCCUUUUAACUGGACCUCCUCCUCCAUACCCAGCAUGGCUGACGGCUCCAGGACAGCGAUGCGCGUCCACACGUGCUCUCAGACGGCAGACGGGAAGGACAGGACGGAGCAGAGCGUGAAGGGAGAGUGAACAUCCGCUCAGAUAAAUAGAUCUCAGCAGGGGGUUAUCCCUGCCUCGGCAUCCGGGGUGGCACGUCCCCUUUCUACACGCGUACACACACACACACACACACACACACACACACUAAAGCACAGGGACGAGGCUAAGAAAACCAGCAGAGGCGCAGCAUUAAAAGACAAACCCAUUAACUACUAGUAUAUCUAAAACCUGCCCCCUGUAUUUGCCCCCUCACUUGAAGACUUGCUCUCUCUGGGUUUCGCUUGCUACAUUUCCCAUAAAUCUGCACACAUGGUAGAACGUUUGCUCUUCUAGAUGCAGGAUCGUUUUCACUUUUCACCUUUUUUAAUUACUUUCUCUGCUCUUUUUGUUCCUGUUAUUGAUGGUGGGCUAAUUUUGGUUAAGCCACAACGAGCAACGCUGAUGUGCUUUAGAGUCACGUCUCAUCACUCCAUGCCAUUGCGGCUCUAGCUGAGUUUACCUAAAAUUAAACAUUUUCAUUGCGGCACCUGAGAGAGUUCCAGCAUUGUCGUGCCAUAGCCAGAAAUCGUAGUGAUGUUCAACACUUUAGGUAACCCUCAGCUAGGAAUUCCCUUAGAAAUCCUUUGCUUUUUAACUGUUAUGAAAGGGAUUAUGGAUAAUAUUAUCAACAUUGUUAAUGAAGUGCAGAACCGAGAGCAGGGCAGGACAUCCUGAGUUGCCUUUGAUUUCUGUUGGCUUUUUGCUGCUAUUGUUUUAUGCUUUGUCGUAAUUGAGCCUUGCACUGUAAUUCAGGACAGUCCCGAAGUUGGGAGAGGCACAGACAGCGUGUCGUCACCAACGCGUCCGUCAGCCACUCACUCAGCAGAUACCAGUGUGCACAUCUCUAAUAAGAAAACAACUACAUAAAGUGAACAGGUAAUGAUCUACAUAGUAGGACUGGACAUCUCGCGUAGGAAAGAGACACUAGCAGAAGGGACCUCUUUAUUUACUGACGUAUAGUAGAUGUGUACGGCUGCUUGAGAAAAGGCUGCUCCAGAGUGACUGUUGUUCGACACACUUGUUAAUAAAUGAAUCGGUAGGGAAAUGAGGGUCUCUGUUACCCUUUCACAGAUUAGUGGUGAUGGGUUACGAUGAGGUGGGUGUGUGGUGCGUUUCUGUCAGCCAGCCCACCCCGGCGACUUUCUCAGGCUCAAACUCAGGCCGAUCCCCUCACAGUUUAUGGCCGAGCCUCUAUCUCCAGGCCAAGGGUGUCUUGUCUGAGGGCACUGCUGGGUGAUAAAAUGCAAGCUUGUUUAACUCAUAAUAAACGUUGCCUCAUGACUUGCCCGCUUUUGCUGAAAGUCCAGAGUUGACUGCUGAGCUGUGGAAGACGCUAGGUGUAGCAUACACACACGUGCGAGCUUACACACACACGCGGUCACCAAAUCAGUGUCAUGCCAUGUGCCACAGCACCAAACCCUGACAGAAAUGAGAGUCCAGACUAAUAAUGUCCUACAUAUGUUUGACUUGCACCUAGAGAUGCAGUUGUGGCUGGUCU